GGCUCUCGCUCUCUGCCUCUCUCGAGUCUCGACAAUCGACCGGCUCUCGGCCUCUCGCUCUCGCAUCUUGUGACUUGUGAGACCAAAAUACACAAGCUUAUACACCCACGUAAGAUUGAAAUGGAGAAAAAGGGUGAAUCUAAAAUUCCCUACAAGAUUCUACUAGCAUUUUCUGGCCUGAAGCAGGCUUUGACAACUAACCUUGGAUAUAAUCGGAGAGUUUCCGAGUGUYGAGAGGCUGCAAAGAUCCUUCUAAAGGCAGCUGGGAAAGAAGUUGAGYCUAUUUUAUCUAACGUCGAACGACAAGACUAUACGACUCACAAGUCCAAAUUAGAAGCAGAUCUAGCUAGAAGAGCAGAACACUACUUUUCUGARAACAUGCGGGUURUUAAAGGUUUUACGUUCUCCCAUGCUAAUCACGAUCACACAGCUGCAGAUGCACACACUAUCUUACUAUAACCAUCACAAUUGGAAGGUUGAAGUUUCUUAAAGUAUUAUUCUUUAAAUCUUUUUAUCUUAUAGUUCUUAAAGUUUCUUAAAGUUUUUGGACUUGCGUUAKUCUACACUUUGUGAUAAGCAUUCUAAAUUGCAAGUAUUUUAGGGGCAUUCYGCUCUCUUUAAUUUGAUAAAUUUGAAGAACGAGCUAAAUUUGAGAGGCAGGUUAAAGAAAAAGGACAGGCUAUUGAACAAGUUGUCUCAAGAGGUCUUCUAAGAGCACUUGUUAUUACUCCCACCAGGUAUUUUUAACAUGUAUUCUAGAGUUUAUUAUACACCAUAACUAGAUAAUAGUUUUUUUUUUGGGGGCUAAAAUGCGUUAUAUUUUGGCUUCCAUUUGAUUGCGAUGAUUGGAACUAAGAGAGUGUGCUAUUUUUGAUUCAUUUGCAUGCCUGUUAUUAUCCUAACCUAGAAUAUAGUUUUUACAUGCCUAGUCGAACAACAUUGCCAUUUUUGUGAAGUGAUACAACUUAAAUGAUAUCAGAUGUUCAAAGCAUAUGAAGAGUAUUGACUAUUAUCUUCUACUAAACUUGCAAUUAUMAAAAAUUGGCUUUGUUGCGUCAUAGAAGCUAAAUCAUGAUGGUUGUAACUCAAAAUCAGAAGCAAAAAAAGUUAAAUAUGCCUCCAAAUACGAGAUAAUUUACUGUAUGCAAUAUCAACAGUAUGUGAUGUGAUAUUUAGGUGUAUAUAUACAACAUAUAAAUGUCAAACAGGUCAUAKUUUUUUGUGUGAAAAUGAGAUAUCUCAUUAACAUUUAUGUUAUUAAUAUGUUUUGUUUUAUGAUUUCUGUUGUAUUAAUGCUACCUUUCAUUAUGGAUAUGGUGAUCGUUAUGAAAAUGAGACCAGGAUACAGAUUCAAGAUUCUUCUUCUCAAGUAGCUAUGUAACUUAUCCACUCAAUCACAAGUGAAUACAAGAUAUCUAGAUUUAGCUUAUCUACUCAUUCCCAAGUUAAUGAAAAUAAAUUGAAAUGCACCUAAGUGGGCCUGAAAUACCAAAGAAAAUACUAAAGUUUGGUGCAGAACCCAAGUGUUUCUGAGUCUAAAUUUGUCAGUCUAAAUAUCAGGAGAUCGAUAGAUUUGAGGAAAAGAAGGAGAGAGCAGGUUAGAGGCAUUUCUAGUAUAAUUAUUUGAGGUAGCUUAAUAGGGAUGAGGGCUUUUGGCUUAAUGACUAGAUGGUUGAACAAAUAAACCACUUAAACCAUAAAAUAGGUACCCCUUAAGACCUGUUGCUAUGUAUUUCCCCACCACUGGAUCUACAUUAAAAGAGUUCUGCAUCCAAAUUAACAACCAUCUUCCAAGUUCAAAAAAGACUUUUGUAAUCAUUAAUCUUUUUACAUACUUUCAGUUCUUGGUCAGUUGUUUAUAUAUGGUUUGAUGUUGGUUAUUGGUGGUGUUUGAGAAUGACUUGUGGAGAUUGGGACUGUGGAAUAGUAUGUUUAAGUUUGUUUGAUAGGUUUCUUGAAAUAGUAUAUUUUAGUUUGUUUUUUACAUGAAGYCUCAUUAUAUUUAAGUUUGUUUUUUACUUGAAAUAGGUUUCUUGAUUUAGUGAUGAAUUUGUACCAUGGAUUCAAUUUGUUUGCUCCAUUUUUCAUGCUCAAUGUUUAUGAU